AUGGCUAGACCACAAGUGAGUUUUUGUGCACCAAUAGAUGAAGAGUUAACUGAACUUGAAAAAACCUGUGAUGUAAAAACUUAUAUAGCCGAACAAACAAAAUAUAAUUUUUUUAUUCAAAGAAGAAGAAAUAAAGUUAAUCUCAAGACACUAGCACUAAUAGUACAAGGACAGGGUACUUUACUUAGAUGGCCUCAACUUUAUUACACAUCUUCUUUAUUAUUUCAAGAUAUAAAUUUCAAUCAAAAUACAACAAAUAAAUAUUUGUUAGAUUUCUAUCAAAUCAUGCGAUUGAAUAUCUUUGAACAUAGGAAUUCAACUCAAAUUGGUGGUGUUAAUCAAGGAAGUUCAAGAUAUAAAUUUCCAUUAGCUCAAGCACAAGGGAUCAAGAUAUCAAUGAUAUCAGUAAUACCAGAUAAUAGUUAUUUACUAGUAGAAAAUAUAUUCGAAGAUAUUAAUGAUUUAAUUAAUAAAUUCUUCUGGUUCAUAACUGUAUUGGAUAUCAAUGAAUUAUUAAGAUAUUUAAAAUAUAUAAGCAAUAAAGAUGAAAGGUCUAGAUAUAAUCUUGGUGCUGCUUUUGCUCCUUCACAUACAGAUAGUCAUUUAAGAGAACCUUCAAUUACAAGAUUGGGAGAUCAAAUUAAUGAAUUAAAACGAAAACUUGAAGAAGAUGCUGAAGAACAUGAAAAAAAAAAUAAAUCAAAUCCAACACCAAUUUCUCCAUCCAAAGAUAAUAAUAGACAAUUACCUACAACAAUAAUUAAUACUUCAACUACAACUAUUAAUCUACUCACAACAACAAUUAAUACUCCAACUACAACUAUUAAUCUACCUACAAUAAUUAAUACUUCAACUACAACUAUUAAUACACCAAUCAUUAAUUUUAUUAGUUGUCCAAUUUGUAAAAAUGAAUUUAAAGAAAAUGAAAUUGAACUACAUUUAAAAGAAUAUAUUAAAAAUCCUUUAUCAAAAGAUACUGUUCAUAAUAAAUUAAAAAUGAAAAAACAAUCAAUUGCAUUUGAUAAAAUGAAAGAAUUAGUUAGUAAACUUACAGAUAUUCAAGUUAAAGAACUUAUUGAUAGAAUUUAA